AUGGAACUAAACUUACAGGUAGUGCUGUUCUGGGUCCUGGUGCUGCACUGUGGCUCUGCUGAAGGCAGUAUCCUGUACCGGGUGCAGGAGGAGCAGCCUCCCAACACUCUAAUUGGUAGCCUGGCAGCAGACCAGGGCCUGCCAGACUCUGGUCACCUCUACAAGCUGGAGGUGGGUGCCCCUUACCUUCGUGUCGAUGGAAAGACGGGAGACAUUUUCACCACAGAGAUUCCCAUAGACAGGGAGACUCUGAGGGACUGUCGAUCCAUUACUAAGGGUAAGCCCUGCUACCUGGAAUUUGAAGUAUCGGUGACGGAUCUGAUACAGAACCAGAGCCCACGACUCAUUGAAGGACGCAUUGAGGUACAGGACAUCAAUGACAACACCCCACAAUUUCCCUCCUCUGUGCUCACCAUCUCUGUCCCUGAGAAUACGAACAUGGGGGCGCUGUUCUCCAUACCUCUAGCUACAGACAGGGACUCGGAAAGGAAUGGAGUGGCGGAUUAUGCUCUGAUUGCCGGGCCAGACGCAGCAACCCUAUUUGGUUUGCAGGUGGCUGAAGACAGGGGGGGUAAGCUCCCACAGCUCAUUGUCCUGGGCAACCUAGAUCGUGAGGUAAAGGAUUCCUAUGACCUCACCAUCAAAGCAGUGGACGGAGGAAACCCUCAGCGCGACAGCAGUGCUCUGCUGAGAGUGGUAGUCACCGAUGCCAAUGACAACCCUCCAAAGUUUGAGAGGGCCACCUACGAGGCAGAAGUGUUGGAAAAUAGUCCAGUGGGGUACUCUGUAUUACAGGUCAAAGCAAAUGACUCUGACAUGGGCCCAAACGGAGAAAUUGAGUACACCAUUCACCAAGCAGUAGACCCAGUGCCGAAACUCUUACGCAUUGAUCGCUCCACUGGCAUCAUCUAUGUCAAAGGAUCCGUGGACAGGGAAGAAAUCAGCAGCUUGUCCUUCUACGUGGUGGCGAGGGACAAGGGUCCUCAACCAAAAAGCUCCAAGACAUUUAUAACUAUAGAGGUGAUUGACCAAAAUGACAACGCUCCAGCGGUGGAGAUUCGCGGCAUUGGUCUUGUGACACACAUUGAAGGAGUGGCUAACAUUUCAGAGGACAUGCCGGUUGGAACAGCUGUUGCUUUGGUGCAAGUGUCUGACAGGGAUGAGGGAGAGAAUGCCGUGGUCACAUGUGUGGUCGCAGGAGAUGUGCCCUUCCAGCUCCGCCCUGCCAGCGACUCAUCCAGUGACAACAAGAGGAAGUAUUUUCUACAGACCACCACUCCCCUCGACUACGAAAGGAUUAGGGAUUACCGAGUGGAGAUUGUGGCUGUGGAUUCCGGAAAUCCGGCACUGUCUAGUUCAAAUUCUCUCAAGGUGCAGGUGAUUGAUGUGAACGACAACUCUCCAAUCUUCUCCCCAACCUUGUUUGAGGUAGAUUUUGCCGAAGAAAACCAACCAGGGGAGAGGGUUUUGGAUGUUGUAGCUUCGGAUGCUGACAUUGGCACCAACGCGGAACUCCUCUAUAGUAUUGUGGCAGACUCAUCCAUCAAAGGUCUGUUUGAGAUUGAUCCAAAUACGGGCGAAGUAAGAGCCCGAAGCCCACUUGACCGUGAGCAUAAAGAACGCUAUGAGUUCCGGGUCACCGCAGCAGAUAAAGGUUCACCUGUUCACAAAGGAACAGCAACUGUUGUGAUAAAUGUACUUGACCGCAAUGACAAUGACCCCAAGUUCAUGCUUAGUGGCUACAGCUUUUCAGUUUUAGAAAACAUGCCUCCCCUCAGUCCAGUUGGCAUGGUGACGGUCCUGGAUGUGGACAAAGGGGAUAAUGCUCAUAUUCACCUCUCUGUAGAGCCUGAUGGAGGGAAGUUUGUUGUUAAAAAUGGAACAGGCACUAUUCUUUCAAGCAUCUCAUUUGACAGGGAGAAAGAAAGCAGCUAUACAUUCCGUCUAAAAGCAGUGGAUGGAGGAGAGCCACCUCGAUCUUCAUAUGUGGGCAUCACCAUCAAUGUACUGGAUGAAAACGACAAUGACCCUGUAGUCACCAAGCCCUCCAAUUCUUCUUUCAGGCGCUUGUCACCUCUAGCCUCCCCAGACAGCCAUGUUGAGAUAGUGGAAGCGGAAGACCUGGAUAGUGGGCCUAAUGCAGAGCUGGUCUUCAGCAUGGCUGGUGGAAACCCUUACCAGUUAUUUCGCAUUUCCCCCUCCACUGGGGAGAUCACUCUCGCAAAAGAGAUGACUCGAAAACAUGGCGGACUACAUCGUCUUGUCGUGCGAGUGAGUGACAGCGGGAAGCCUGCCCGUCAUGCAAUUGCCCUAAUCCACAUCUAUGUCAAUGAAACUAUUUCAAAUGUCAGCUUGGUGGAGGCCCUAGUUGGACACAGUCUUUACACUCCACUGGACAGGGACAUUGCUGGUGAUCCUGACAAUGGUUUGGCUGCACAGCGUAGUAACAUUUUGUUUGGAAGCCUUGCUGGUUUGGCAGGUGUUGUCAUGCUGAUCUUGGUGGUGGUAUUUGUUCGACACCGCAUCCAGAGAGAAACGAAGAGUGGGUAUCAGGCUGGCAAGAAGGAAACAAAGGACUUAUAUGCACCCAAACAGGUGCCAAAGAAUGCCAAAGGCAAACGAGGAAGGAAAGGAAAACCCCAAAAGUCCCCCAAACCACUCGGGGAAGAUGAGGAAGUCAGCCUUCAGAAGAGUCUAAAGUUCAACCUUGAUGGAGUCAAUGAUAGCCCUAGGAUACACUUGCCCUUAACAUAUUCACCAGGAAGCCCAGAUAUAGGCAGGCACUACCGCUCCAACUCCCCCUUACCCUCCAUCCAGCUGCAGGCCCAAUCCCCUUCAGCUUCACAGAAGCAUCAAGGUGUCCAGGACCUUCCUGCUACCAACACCUUUGUAGGAACGGGGGGAGAUGACAACUCUACUGGCUCAGACCAGUAUUCAGAUUACAGCUACAAGACCAGUCAACUGAAGUACAGCAACAAACAGCAACCCCAUCGGCGAGUGACUUUCUCCACCGCCAACCCUGUGCAGGACCUGCAGGACGCCUCUCAGCACAGCUACUAUGACAGCGGCUUGGAGGAAUCGGAGACUCCCAGCAGUAAAUCAUCUUCUGGUCCUCGCAUUGGACCCCUGACCCUGCCUGAGGACCACUACGAGAGGACCACUCCAGAUGGCAGCAUUGGAGAGACCGAGCACCCUGAAAAUGAUAUCCGCUCCCUCCCUGAUGUGGCAAUGACCGGAAACUGUACAACCGAGUGCUGCGAAUUGGGCCACUCGGACGCCUGCUGGAUGCCCGGGCACCCCUCCCCCAUACGCAAGACCAGGAACCCCCCGCAACUCUCCACCUUCGUGCCUUACCAGGAGAGAGGGAGCCUGGGUCGCCUGGCUAACGGGAGCGCCAGGCCGGGUGGCGAGGAGCACCGGUCGCGCCUUCCGCCCUCCCGCAGUGCCUAUUCCAACAGCGGUCAUGACGCCAGUCAGGACUGCCCCCUAGAGGAGAUGCCCCUGAGCGUAGCCUCGGAGUUCCCGCCCACCUCCCCUUCAGCCCACACUCCAAAAAGAGAAAUCUACCUGUGAGGAAUAUCGUCAUCUGAAGGAAGGAAAGUUACACCCACUUCAGGAGGAGGAACAGGCUGUCCACAUGCUCAAGCCAAUGCCCGUUUUGUAGGUAACAAUAGGCUGUGACUCAUUCAACCACUGGCAUGAACACUUGCUUUAUGUCAUUUCCUUCUUAAAUUAUUAAUUUAUUAGCAUAUUUAUUGAGAAUUCCACAAAGUUAAUUGAUGCACUCACUCAUUUAUUUAUACAAAAUCCUGAAGGAUAGGAUUCUAACAGAUCAAAAGGAAAUGCAGAUGGUAAUUGCUACUUUAGUAGUGACUAAUUAUUGUUGUAGUUAGCCAAGUCCCAUUCUGUGAAGUGAUCUCUUGAAUUUGAAAGUUGUGAUGUCAGUGCUCUUGUGCCAUUAUUAGAUAUCAUUUAAUAGACAGCUAGUCAGGCCCUAUCAGAAGGCAUAACACUUUUGACUAACAAUCAAAUGAAACGGUCUAUCUUAAUGUACAGUGCUGUAAAUACAUUUCAAUGGUGUGUUCUACAUAUAUUUUUGUCUGGCAUAAGAUGAAAAGAAAAAAAAGGCCUCUGAAUUUUUACAUAUUUGAGCUUUUCUUUGUUGCUGCUGCUGUUUAUACUUGAUCGAAACCAUCUCCAUCUCCAGAAGUUGAGCUAUAGAUUUUGUGGAAGGCAUUUAUCUGCUCUUCACAAUCUCACACACACACACACACACACACCCCUUCGACCCAUAAUCAUAGGAGAAUGGCCUUUACCUCCGCUCCCUGUAGACCUCUGCCACUGGUGGAGAAAGCCGUGUGCCAACAUUUAAACUGACAUCAUGCUCCACUGAGUUUCAACACUGACCUAUGGUUCAUCAUGAAAACGGUUGACUUGGCCGCAGUACCCCGGAGUAACAAUGACCGAAUGCAGAGCAAUCGCUCGGCACAGUCUGAUUGGCUUUCUCAUAUCAAGCCUUGUGAGACCCUCUGUUGAUGAAAUAACACCAGCGGACCAGUUUAAAAAGCUCCUCUCUGUCGUGACAAUCAGACAAGCUCUCACAAUCUUUUCCCCUGAAGCUCAUAGUCCUCUCCCCUCAUGAUCUAUAAGAAGAUCUGUAGAUCUAAUGGAUGCAUAAAGAGGUAUUUAUAUUAAAGGGCACUUGAGCGAGGAGAACCGCGGGAGCUAUUGAGCACACGGGCGUGGAAGUUAAUAUCGCAUUCGUGUUCUACACGAGUGCUCGAUGUACUUUCUUUCUUUUUUGUUUAUGUCGCAGUUCUCACUAGAUAUAAACUUCUUCAGAGGGGAAUUCAAUGCACAGUGUGGACCUUAAAGUUCUAUCGAAGAGAUGCAGUUUAAGCAUUAUUGUCAAUAGCAUGAGGAAUUUAAAAGGAAUAUUUAAUGUCAUGUCAUUGAUCAAUAUCUGCAGAUGCAGAUUAUUGUUGAGUUUAAACAUAGGUUCAGAUAGUAGGACUGCAACUCCUGCUAAUUAUAGUUUCCCCUAUAUUGAGGACAACAUGCUUAAUAAAUUAUUAAGCAUUUUCCUCUUCUGGCUACUGAACAGAGAAUCAAAAAUUAGGGCAUGCCCGUGGGCUUCAUUUAUCUUUACAAAGAAUUUCCAAGUGAAUUUGAAGGAUACGUCUGAAGGACACUGUGUUUUAGUCAGUAAUUGGGUGUUAAUGAUGACAACACUAGCCUGCCUUACAACAUUGCAGAGCUGGCUGGUGUCUUUGAUUUUAACAUUGAUUUGAAGAUACCUUUCACCCCUGCAGAGUAUUUCCAUAGUGAGAUUGUGUGUCUGAGUAAGAGUGGAAGAGCCUUGAAUGGACAUUUCCUAAUUAGGGUGAGCAAUGAGUCUUGAGCGAGGGCAUGUAUGAGCACCCCCCCAGGACAAGGCAUCCACUAGAUAAUGCAAAUCCACCCGCAGAGCUACAAUCAGUUAAAAGGGGUAUUUUUAUCAGCACUUACCUCAUCGUGCUGCCAUUGGAAACUGCGUUUAAAAUAAUUAAACUGAAAACAUAUGGAAAUUACUGGACAUGGCCAUGAUUAAAUAGGGUUCGCGAUUAUCCUGCCUUGAGGGGGAGAAAGCACAUUAUGCCGUUUUCAAAGCCAUUUAGCGACUGAAAUAAAAUUUCAAACAACAGCCAUGACACACUGUGAUUAAACCCCCACACACCCCUCUCAGAGCUGCUGCUAGCCUCACAAACUCAAAGCAGUGGGUAAGAUCACUGACCUGGAAUUAAUGACAAGUGAGGAAGCAAUGAGUGACGGAACCAGUGUCACAUCUCCUCAAUCACAACUUUAUCUAUCGAAACGCUUUGACUCGCUUCAGAUUCACAACUGCUUUGCAUCCAGAUUUAUCUCUCGGGUUAAAUCUAGCCAGAUUGCAGCCUAAGUACACUUAUCGCUUUAGUGAAUCUGCUGUCUUUGGAUUUGUCUCUUUGAUCACCAAUACGUGAAAUAAAUUGGGUAACUCUCAGCAGAUAAGUCGUGAUCAUCUGUUGUUGCUCCGAGCGGAAUGACAGGAGUUUGAUUUAAGUCCCCUGCAAAAUAAUGAGAACAAGCCUGCUCCUAUUCUCCUCCCCCCCCCCCCACGCCCUUUUUUUAAUGAGUUGGACUUUUUCACUCCAGCCAAAAAUGACCUCCUGCUACUCACCCCUGGAACAAUUUAUCACCAGGUUUGAUCUUUCUUUUGAACUCAUGCUGAAUGAACUGUGUUUACUUCUCUCUCAAACACAGAAUGAUUCUCCUUGAUUAUAAUGCGAGGACAUCAUGAAGCACCUAGAUACACUUAAAAGUAUGUGGAAUAAUGUUUGAUUUGUACUUAACAUUGAUUUAAUGUUGAAUUCACUUAAGUAUCUUUUGCCUCUCUGUAGUGUGUAUUGUAUGGUGAUCAAUUCUGUGGACAGAUGUACAAAUUACUGUACUGAAAAAGGCAAGGGAUUUCUUUUCUUACUAAUCAAAGACUCUUGACUGGUUGUGCGGAAGAAAAAAAAGACACAAAAAAUCCUUUUGGUGGUGUAGUGUACAUAGAUCUCCACAACCCUGGGUCUGCUGUCAAGCAGGCGGUGAUUUUAGCAUGAAUUCCAAAGAUAAUUGGUGGACACUGUUUACUCUUUUACUUUCUGAAAUAUCAGUGCUGGUUCAUAUUCAAAAAGGCCCUCUCCCAACAGGAACCAAAAUUAACUGAACAUUUCACGUUUUCUCACCGUUCAUCUAGAACAAAGACAAUUGCCUUGAAAAUACGUCUUUACAAGAGAGAGAAUCUAGUUGUUAUCCUAAUUGUUGGUAUAUUUAUAUAGGAUAAAAAUGCUUGUGAUGCCAUGUUUUUGUACAGUUUUAUGUACAUACAAGUGAAGCUUUCUAAAAGUUCUGAGAAAAGCCGAUGGCAUAUAAAAAUUGUACCAUGUUUUCUUGAGAUGUGCACAUCUUGCCUUGGAUGGAUUGACCUUUGCUGAGUCAGUGUGGAUGUGGCUGUUCUAUGCCUACACUGUAGUCAUUCACCGGCUCCCACCUCCUGAGGACUUAAUCAGUUUUUAUGUUUAUCGUGAACAGUGGAUCGUCUUAUCUUACCAGUUUGUUAAACUCCUGUGUUCUGCUUCGUUCUGUUUUCGCAUGUUGACAAAUUCUCUUGUAAUACUGUAAGUCCUCAUGAACUUUGUAAUAAAAUCACUUCAGGGAAAAAGUGAA